AGAGAGUUGAAGAUGAGCAACAAUACAGAUACAGUACCUGAAUCUUAUCCAAUGAACAGCGGAGAUGGCACUAAUAGUUAUACCGAAAACUCCUACUUCCAGAAGGCAGCUACAAAUGUUGUGAAGGCAAAGAUUGAUGAUGUAAUUGCAGAGAAGCUUGAUGUAAAAAAAAAUUCUUCUACUUCAGAGAGCACAUUCCGUUUAGCAGAUUUGGGAUGUUCAGUUGGGCCAAAUACCUUCCUUACUAUGCACUCUCACACUAUGCAAAAUAUAAUAGAUGUUGUGCAACAUAAGUACCAAUCCCAAGGCCUUGCUUCUCAUAUGCCUGAAUUUCAAGUGUUCUUCAAUGAUCAUGCAUCCAAUGAUUUCAAUACCCUCUUUGCCUCUCUCCCACAAAGAAGGUCAUACUUUGCAACCAGAGUGCCAGGGUCUUUCCAUGAUCGGCUAUUCCCUGAAUCCUCUCUCCAUUUUGUGCAUUCAUCUUAUGCACUCCAGUGGCUCUCUAAGUUGCUAGAGGAGUUGCUAAAUAAGAACUCUGCUGCGUGGAACAAGGGGAGGGUUCACUAUGCAAGUGCCCCAGAUGAAGUAGCUCAAGCUUAUACAGAUCAAUUUGCUAAGGACAUAACAACCUUUUUAGAUUGUAGGGCUAAAGAGCUUGUGGUAGGUGGACUAAUGGUGCUUAUCAUGCCAGGAAUUCCCAAUGGGAUUCAUCGUUCUAGCGCACCAACAGGAAUGAUAUUUGAUUUCCUUGGACUCUGCCUCAUUGAUAUGGCAAAGGAGGGAUUAAUUAGUGAAGCUCAAGUGAACACCUUUAACUUGCCUGUGUAUGUUGCCUCACCCAAGGAGAUGACACAGCUGGUGGAAACAAAUGGGUGUUUUAACAUUGAAAGAAUGGAGACAACACAACCUCGGGCAAGAGUGGACGGCAUCAGUGGCCAGGCAUUGACAAAGCACCUAAGAGCUGGCAUGGAGGGUAUAAUAAGCAAACAUUUUGGAACUAAAAUUAUUGAUGAACUAUUUGAUCGAUUCUCUAAGAAACAACAAGAGUCUUUCAACCUGUUGGAGUCAAAAUACAAUGUAGGAACUCAGCUCUUUAUGGUUUUGAAACGCAUAUGAUGCAGCUUUGGAAGCAA